CAAAGCGCGAGGCGGUGAAAAGUUGCGAGGAAGAGCCCUCUCCAAGGAACCAUGAUGGAAAUCAACAUGAAGAGGUUUGCUGCAAGCUUUGCACUUUGCCUAAUGUUUUUUCUGGCUUGCAAGGGGAAUUCAGAAAAAGGCAAUGCUUCCCAGCUGCACUUUACGUACCCUCUCUACAACGCCACUAUCUAUGAAAAUUCACCUCCCAAAACCUAUGUGGAAAGCUAUGUCAAAAUGGGUAUUUACAUCACUGACCCAGCAUGGGACAUCAAAUACAAAAUAGCUUCUGGGGACACAAGUGGUCUGUUCAAAGUAGAGGAUCAUAAAGCUGGUGAUUUCUGCUUUUUGAGGAUUAGGACCAGGAGUGGUUAUACUGACCAGUUGAACAGGGAGUUCAGAGACAAAUACACACUGAUAAUCCAAGCCAUGGAGAAAACGUUUGCCUUUGAGGCUUGGGCCAAAGUACUGAUCCACAUCCUGGACAGAAAUGACUUGAAGCCUUUGUUCUCACCUCCAUCUUAUAAAAUGACAAUCAAAGAAGACGCCCCCAUCAAAACCAUAAUUGGUGUGGUCAGUGCCACAGAUGCUGACAUUGGUCAGAAUUCUGAGUUCUAUUACGCAUUAAAUACAAGAUCACCACUUUUUACAAUUCACCCUACCAGUGGAGCUGUAACGACUGCUGCGAAACUGAAUGCCACUCACAGAGGGAAGCAUCAGUUAAAGGUCCUGGCCGUGGACAGAAUGAGGAAGAUCUCUGAAGGAAAUGGCUUUGGAAACCUAGCCAGUCUCACCAUCCAGGUGGAACCAUCCAUCAGGAAGCCCCCCGUCAUUGGCUUGGUGACAGUGAAGUCAUCAGAUUCUGCCGAGGACCUCCUGUAUGCUACUUUGAGUGUAGGAGCAGAUGGGUCAGGAGGUGGGGUAGAUUCGGUUAACAUUGUGGAUGGAGACCCAAAAGGGCAUUUCAGGUUGACCAGAUCAUACAUAGAAAAUGAGUUCAUGAUAGUGGCAGCCAAAGAGAUCAACUGGAAUUACAAUCCUCUUGGUUUCAAUCUUAGCCUGCAGGCGAAGGACAAAAAUGAGCCACCACUUCUUUCACAGAUAGUCACUAUCCAGAUUCCACCUCCAAAAUACACCUUUGCCAGAUUUGAAAAAGAUGUGUAUCGAGUUCAGCUGAGUGAGUUUGCACCUUCUGGGAGUCAUGUUGUUCUGGUUCAAAUUACUCCAGUCCUCCCAAAUCUUAAAUAUAUUUUGAAACCUAAUUCUGACAGCACAAGUUUUAAAAUCAACCCUCAAACUGGAUUGAUAACUACAGACAAAAUAAUAGAUUUUCAAGAACAGCCCCACUUUGAACUUGAAGUUACAACCAGUUACAGCAAGGCAGCUGUCCCUGUCAUUGUUGAUAUUAUUGACUGCAACAACCACCCUCCAAGUUUCUCCCAGCCUUCAUACCAUGGCAGCUUCGAUGAAAACCUGCCGUCUGGCACCAGUGUCCUCUCCGUAAAAGCUACAGACAGGGACUCUGGAGAGAACGGCUUAAUCACAUACUCCAUAGCCAAUAAGAGAGCUGUCCCAUUUACCAUUGACCCAUUUUCAGGUAUCAUCUCCACAUCCAAGAUAAUGGAUUAUGAGCUCAUGCAGAGGUGGUAUCACCUCCGUGUCUGGGCAUCAGAUUCAGGAUUUCCUUUUCGCCAUCAGACAGAGGUUUAUGUUUCUCUUAUUUUGAAUAACCUGAAUGAUAAUGCACCAGUGUUUGAGAAGAUUAACUGCAAUGGAAGUAUUCCAUGGGACUUACCCACGGGGCAGCCUGUGGUUACAGUGUCAGCCAUUGAUAUUGAUGAGUUGCAGCACAUAAAGUAUGAAAUCAUGUCUGGCAAUGAAAGGCAGCUUUUUGAAUUGGAUUCUGUAUCUGGUGUGAUUUCCCUUAGAGCUUCUCUCAGAGAUAGCUAUGCUGAACUACCUACUGUCCAUAUCCUCAACAUUACGGCUACAGAUGGAGAGAACUAUGCCUUACCUACAUGUGUAAACAUCACUGUGGUCAAGCAGGAAACCCCCAUUCACUUUCAGUGUGAGGAAACAGGGGUACUGAAGGAGGUUGCAAAGACCAUAAUACAUUCUAUUGAUUCCCAAUCUCCAGAAGUAAACCUGGAUGAAGAUUCCACCUUGAAUACACAUCUUAUAAAUCAUCAUGCACCAUAUUUUGAUGACACCUUUCCAAGGUGCAUUGAUAUAGAGGAGACAAUCCCAGUCAACACAACUAUAGUUCAGUUGAAAGCCAUAGAUAACGAUACUAGCUUUAAUGGAAAGAUGGUUUAUGUGAUAUCUUCUGGAAAUGAGGAUAGCUGUUUUUAUAUUGACAUAGAAACAGGUCAGCUCCUAGUGUCUUCACCUUUGGACCAUGAAAGAACAAGAUUCUACGUACUGAACAUCACAGUGUAUGACUUGGGCACUCCUCAGAAGUCAUCAUGGAAAUUGCUAGCAGUAAAUAUUUUGGAUACAAAUGAUAAUGCUCCUUCAUUUUUGCAAAGUCCAUACUUGAUCACUGUACCAGAGGACAUAAAAAUAGGCACAACAGUUAUAGCGGUGAAAGCUGAAGAUGCUGAUACAAAUGACAAUGGGAGGGUGAAAUAUUCUCUUCUUACACCCACUGAUAAAUUUGCCAUCAACAGUGUCACUGGAGAGGUAGAAGUGACUGCUCCCCUUGACAGAGAAUUGUGGCCUCAGUAUAUAUUGAAAAUUGAAGCCAGAGACCAGCCACUAUUGGGCCACCAGCUCUUUGCAAUUGCUGAUUUGGUUAUUUCUUUGGAAGAUGUCAAUGACAAUUCUCCAUAUUGCAUCCCCACCCUGAACAAAGUAAAGGCUCCUGAAGAUCUUCCCCGUGGGACUGUUCUGCUAUUCCUGGAAGCCUUUGAUCCAGAUAUCAUCUCUGCAAUGGAGCUGAAAUAUACUCUGCUCAAUAAUGUUGAGAAUAUGUUUAAACUUAAUGAGCUGACAGGAGCUCUGUCCUUGGAUGCAGAACUAGACUACGAGAAGAGGGACUUUUAUAAUCUAUCUGUGGAGGUUAGUGAUGCUGGCAAGCCCCGUUCUCGUUCUUCUCUCUGCUUCAUUGAGAUUGAGAUUUUGGAUGUCAAUGAAAACCUGCACCCUCCUCGCUUUGCUUCUUUUGUGUAUGAAAGGACAGUGGAAGAAAACAGUCAAGACGGGACAUCUGUGAUGACUGUUACUGCUCAAGAUGAUGAUAAAGGGAAAGAUGGAGAAAUCCAAUACUUUAUCAGAGAGGGAACAGAUUUGGCUGUCUUCAGCAUUGAAAAGGAUUCAGGGACAAUCUUUACCACAAGAACACUGGACAGAGAAUCCAGGUCUCAUUAUUGGCUGACAGUGUUAGCUGUUGAUUUAGGAACGGUCCCUCUGUCUUCUGUGGUUCAAGUUUACAUUGAAGUCACUGAUAUAAAUGACAACCCACCCCAGAUGUCCAGUCCUGUCUAUUAUGCCUCUGUCAUGGAGAAUUCACCAGCGAACACCCACAUCCUUCAGGUAGAAGCCAUUGAUCCAGAUUCAAGUUCACAAGGGAAGCUGACCUUCCACAUCAUAAAUGGAAAUCAUCAAGGAUUCUUUGCUAUUAAUCCUGUCACUGGCCUGAUCUAUACCACUUCUCAGCAGCUGGAUCGUGAAUACAAGGCUGAACAUAUCUUGGAGGUCUCUGUUUCAGACCAUGGGGACCCUGCUCUUCAGUCCACUAGCAGAGUAGUAAUUCAGAUCCUGGAUGUCAAUGAUAAUGCUCCCAGCUUUUCCCAAAAAUUCUUCAUGGUUCAACUCACAGAAAAAUUAGCCUCUGAGACUCCUUUGCCAGUCUACAGGAUGAUUGCCACAGAUCGUGAUGAAGGACGGAAUGGCCAAGUGACAUACAGCCUUGAAGAAAACAAUGAAGGCUUCUUCAGCAUCCAUCCAGUGACAGGGAUGGUGUUCUCCAAGAAGGCUUUCUCUGCCCAAGAAUACAAUAUAUUGACGGUCAGAGCUACCGACCAUGGGGAUCCUACACUUAACUCCAGCGUGAGGCUCCACAUCGAUUGGAUCCCUAAGCCCCUUCCGUCCUCAGAGCCCCUAGCUUUUGAUGAACCUCAUUUCAACUUUGCAGUCAUGGAAACAGACCCAGUAAAUCACAUGGUAGGAGUGAUCAGUGUUGAGACUGGGCUCAGCCAACUCUGGUUUAACAUCACAGGUGGUGAUGAUGAAAUGGAUUUUGACAUUGAAAAGAGCACUGGCAGCAUAGUCAUUGCAAGAGCUCUGGAUGCAAAGAAAAGGUCAAACUACAACCUCACAAUAGAAGUCACCGAUGGAUCACACAUCAUCAGGACACAGGCCUAUAUCCGUGUGAUUGAUAUUAACCAGCAUGGUCCCCAGUUCUUGGAACAACAGUAUGAGAUGCGCAUUCCAGAAGACACACGGCCUGGGACUGAAUUCCUUCGGGUUAGUGCAAGAGACAAAGACCAUGGGAAAGGGCUGAUCUACACCCUUCAGAGCGCAGUGGAUCCCAGAAGUAUGAAGGUUUUCCACAUGGACCCAAGCACUGGGGCUCUCAUGACCAGGGCAGGUCUCAACUCUUUAUCCAUGCCACUGCAUACCUUGAUAAUAAUGGUGCGAGACCAGGAGGGCCCAAUCAAGCGAGACUUUGCUAGAGUUGUUAUUCAUGUAGAGGACUGUAACAGCCAUCCUCCCCAGUUCACCAGCCUCCACUAUAAUGCAGAAGUUUUGGAUGAAGCUCCAGUAGGUACAGAAGUCCUUCAAGUCCGAGCCCUCGAUCAAGAUCAAGGCAUUAAUGCUGAAGUCCACUACUACCUUGAGGCAGGGAACAAUGGAGAGUUUUUUGCUAUCAAUGAGUUAUCUGGAAUUAUUACAGUUUCUAAGAAGCUCCAUCAGUGCAAGCAAGAAAAAUUCACACUCACUGUAAAAGCAGAAGAUCAAGGAUUUCCCCAAAUGAAGGAUUCGGCUACUGUGAGCAUUCAUGUAAAGCCCUCUGACAGCACACCUCCAAAAUUUACAAAGGAGGAAUAUGUCACAGAGAUCAGUGAGUCUGCUAUCAUAGGCUCUUCUGUCAUUCUUCUUUCAGCCACAAGCCUUUCAAGUGUUACUUACGAAGUAAAAGAAGGAGAUGAGGAUGGUGUAUUUUCAAUGAACUACCAAUCUGGCCUUGUUUCUACAAGAAAGAAUCUGGAUUUUGAGCAGACUUCAUUUUAUCAGCUGAAAAUCCGUGGGACCAACAUGGCAGGAUCAUUUGUACAUGUUCCAGUGUUUAUUUAUGUCACAGACGAGAAUGACAACGUUCCUGUAUUUGAUAAGCCUUCCUUUGUUGGCUGGAUCAGUGAGAACAGUCCAUUGGGCAGCAUGGUUAUGGAUGAAAACAAUACCCCACUAGUGCUACAGGCGUCAGAUGCUGACCAAGAUUCUAAUGCUCUGCUGGUCUAUGAAAUUUUGCAGCCAGAGGCACUCUUGUUUUUCAAAAUAGAUCCAAGCAUGGGCACUCUUACUACACGUGCUGAUAUUGAUUAUGAACAGACCCCAGUUUUCCAUUUUACUGUUCAUGUCCAUGAUAAUGGCAAUCCUGUUUUAUUUGCUUCAGAACCCACUGAGGUGACUGUUUACAUCAAGGAUAUAAAUGAUUGUCCUCCAGUAUUUACCAAAGAUGUUUAUGAACUUUCUGCAGAUCUUCCUGUCCAUCAUGGUAUGGAGCUUUUUGCAGUUCAUGCAGAAGAUAUAGACUCCAGGGUAAUUUACAGUAUCAUAGAAGGGAAUCGUGACAACAUCUUCUAUAUCCACCCCAAAACUGGUGUCAUCUCUGUGCUGAAUGCUACUGCCUUGGCCAGCUUUCAUGAGCUCACGGUCAGAGCUGGGGAUGACUUAUAUACGACUAACACUUUGGUUAGACUUAAUUUUAUUCAACCCCAAGACAGCCCUUUAAGGUUUGAUCAAGAUUUAUAUAUAGCAACAGUGAAGGAAAACUCAACAGAUGUUCAAACUCUGGCUGUACUUGGUGUGACUGGGAAUCAGUUGAAUGAGCCACUCCUUUACUCUGUCUUGAAUGGCACAGAGAAGUUCAGGAUGAUCGAGACAUCAGGAGUACUCCAAACCAAGGGCAUGGCAUUUGAUCGUGAAACCCAGGACAUACAUGAGAUUGCAGUAGAGGUAAAGGACAUGAGAAAUCCACCCAGGGUAUCUCAAGCAAUAGUAAAAAUAUAUGUGGAUGAUGUUAAUGAUAACUCCCCUCACUUUGAACAUGUGCCUUAUUAUACAACAAUACAAGAGGGUACUGAGCCAGGCGAUGUGGUCUUUCAGGUUUCUGCAACCGAUGAGGACUUAGGAAAUAAUGCCAUCAUUUUUUACUCCUUUGCGGAAGACUACAAGUAUUUCUGGAUUGACCCUUAUAUAGGGGACAUCUCACUCAAGAAACCCCUUGAUUAUCAAACUCUAAAUAAAUAUACACUCCUGGUUAUUGCCAGAGAUGCAGGUGAGCCUCCUUUGUAUGUUGAAGAAGAGGUUCUAAUCACCGUGAGAAAUAAAUCCAACCCUCUGUUCCAAAGCCUUUUUUAUACUGUGAGAGUGCCUGAAAACAUUCCGCUCUAUACACCGAUUGUCCAUAUCCAGGCUCGGAGCCCUGAAGGCCUGCGCUUAAUAUACAACAUUGUGGAAGAAACAGCCCUUAAACUGUUCAAUAUUGACUUCAAAACUGGUGUGGUUAUGGUUGCUAGCCAACUGGACUAUGAAUUGAGUACAAAACACACCUUUACUGUCAGAGCCACAGACACAGCAAUGGGUGCUUUUUCAGAAGCAACGGUAGAAAUAGAGGUUGAGGACAUUAAUGACAAUUUACCUGUAUUUUCUCAGGUGGUUUACACUGCUUCUGUCUCUGAAGGUAUGCCAGCAAGGACUCCUGUUAUACAGCUCUUUGCUACUGAUAGAGAUUCAGGGAGGAACAAGCUUGUUUCAUAUCAGGUCUUGGAGGACCGUUCAAACAUUUCCCAGCUCUUCAGUGUUGAUUCCAGCACAGGAGAAAUAACAACAACUCAGCCUCUAGAUUAUGAAGCCAGCCAUGAAUUUCACAUUAAAGUACGUGCCACAGAUCAUGGGGUGCCUCCUCUCAGCAGUGAAGCCCUUGUAAUUGUCAGUGUAUUGGACAUCAAUGACAACCCACCUGAGUUCAGUCAGCUCCACUAUCAGGCUAAUGUGAGUGAAAUGGUCACCUGUGGCCACACAGUGAUCAAAGUCCAGGCUUUUGACCCUGAUAGUAGAGACACACUCAGGUUGGAAUAUCUGAUUCUUUCAGGGAAUGAGGAAAGACAUUUCACCAUCGACAGCACUUCUGGAAUAAUUUCCACCCUGAAUCGUUGCAGAAGGGACCUGGAACCUUUUUACAAUCUCAGAGUCUCAGCUUCAGAUGGAGUAUUUAAAACCACUGUUCCAGUGUAUAUCAAUACCACAAAUGAAAAUAAAUAUAGCCCAUCAUUUCAGCAGGACGUUUAUGAAGCAGUAUUAGCUGAAAAUGCUAAGGUAGGAACCCGAGUGAUUGAGUUGUCAGCUAUUGACCCAGAUGAUGGUUCCUAUGGCACUGUAGAUUAUACCAUCAUAAACAAACUUGGUCAAGAGAAAUUUGUAAUUGAUGAAGAGGGGCACAUUGAAACCCUACAGAAACUGGACAGAGAAAAUUCUACCGAGAGAGUUGUUGCUAUUAAAAUCAUGGCCAAGGAUGGUGGGGGGAAAGUAGCCUUCUGCACUGUUAAAAUCAUACUCACAGAUGAAAAUGACAACCCCCCUCAGUUCAAAGCUUCAGAAUACAUCUUGUCCAUCCAGUCCAAUGUGAGCAAAGGGUCCCCAGUCAUGCAGGUGGUAGCUUAUGAUGCAGACGAAGGAGUGAAUGCCGAUGUAAUUUACUCUGUUGAUUCAGUCGAGGAGGUCAUUGCAGAAGAUGUGAUUGAAAUUAAUACUGUCACAGGAGUUGUUAAAGUGAAAGAAAGCCUCAGCGGACUAGAAAACAGUAAAGUGAAUUUUAAAGUCAAAGCUGAAGAUGCCAGGCCUCCCUACUGGAAUUCUGUUGUUCCAGUAAACCUUCAAGUUGUUCCAAAAGAAGUGUCUUUGCCAAGGUUUUCUGAACCGCUGUACACCUUUUCAGCAUCUGAAGAUCUCCCAGAGGGAUCAGAAAUAGGUUCAGUUAGAGCUGUGGCAGAUGACCCCAUCAUCUACAGUCUGGUGCAGGGGUCAACUGAUGAGAGCAAUAAAGAAGGGGUAUUUGCUUUGGAUAAGCGAACAGGGGCCUUGACUAUCCAAAAGGCAAUGGACCAUGAGAAGAUGAAAUGGUACCAAGUUGAUGUUUUGGCUCAUUGCUCACAUCAAGAUACUGACCUGGUCUCUUUGGUAUCCAUAAACAUCCAUGUAAAAGAUGUCAAUGAUAACAAACCCAUCUUUGAGGCUGAUCCCUACAGGGCUUUUGUCAUGGAGAACAUGCCAGCAGGAACUACUGUGAUUCAAGUCACUGCCAUUGACCAGGAUACUGGAAGUGAUGGGCAAGUGACCUAUAGCCUAGGAUCAGAAGCAAGCAACAUCAGAGAACUCUUCACCAUUGACAGUGAAAGUGGCUGGAUCAUGACCCUUAAAGAGCUGGAUUGUGAGGUUCAGGAAACCUACAGGUUUUUUGUUGUGGCAUCAGACCACGGCAGGGAAAUCCAGCUUUCUUCUCAAGCCCUAGUAGAGGUCACUGUUACUGAUGAAAACGACAAUGCUCCACAGUUCACCUCCAAAAUGUAUAAAGGUUCAGUGGUUGAAAAUGCCCAAGCUGGACAGAUUAUUGCCACUCUCGAAACUAUCGACAGUGAUAUUUCAGAGCAAAACAGACAAAUCACAUGUUACAUCACUGAAGGAGACAUUCUGGGACAGUUCAGUGUUAAUGAGGUUGAUGGAGAAUGGAGGAUUGUUUCUAAGAAGCUUCUGAACAGGGAAGAUACAGAAAAAUACCUGCUCAAAGUCAUGGCAUCUGAUGGAAAGUUUCAGGCAGCAACAGAAGUGGAGAUCUCAGUCCUUGAUGUCAAUGAUAACAGCCCUGAAUGCAAGCAGACACCAUACCAAGGCAAAGUUUCAGAAGAUGCACCACAAGGGUUUUCUGUUUUGAAAGUAUCAGCCAGAGAUGCUGAUGUCGGCAGCAAUGGCCAAAUUACAUAUAGUCUCCAUGGACCUGGUGCUGAAGAGUUCCGGUUGGACCCUCAUACAGGGGAGCUGACCACUUUUGCAUUACUGGAUCGGGAGCUCAUAUCUAAGUACCAGCUUGUUGCCAAGGCAACAGAUGGAGGAGGGCGUUUUUGCCAGGUGGACGUAAUUGUGGACAUCGAGGAUACAAAUGACAGUCCUCCACAGUUCUUUCCCAGUCAAUGUGCAGUAGCCAUAUUUGAUAACACCACAGUAAAGACACCAGUUGCAGUCGUCUUUGCAAGGGACCCUGAUGAAGGCCAUAAUUCAGAAGUACUCUACUCUCUUGCUGAGUCAGCUGAUGGCCACUUUUCAAUUGAGGAAACAACUGGUGUGAUCCGACUGGAGAAGCCCCUAAGGGAGUUGCAGGCAUCUGCACUAGACUUAACUGUGUGUGCCACAGACAAGGGUUCUCCACACACCCUUUCUAGUUUUUCUACUGUCUCAGUCUCCAUAGUGGACCUGGAGGAAUAUCUGCCAGUGUUUCUAGACACAGAAUAUGUGAUUGUGGUACGAGAAGAUGUGGCUGUUGGCACAGAGAUUCUGAAUCUGUCUUCAUUGACAAGGGACAAUGUUCAAGGCUCAGAGAUCAAAUAUGAAAUUACGAAUGGAAAUAAUAAUGGGAUGUUCAGGUUGCACUCAAGCACAGGCAUCCUGUAUGUUAAUGGAAGUCUGGAUUUUGAAGUUAACCAUGAAUAUUAUUUAUCUGUUGAGGGUAUACGGAAAGGCUCGACUUCUCUCAGUGACAUAACCAUGGUUGUGAUCAACAUCACAGAUGUAAAUGAUCAUGUACCAGUGUUCAGCCAAGACCUUUAUAUUGCUGAUAUCCGUGAGGAUGCUGCCAUUGGUGAAAUGGUGCUCAGAGUCUUUGCUGAUGACAAAGAUGGGAUGAUGAACAACCAGAUUAUAUAUUCAAUUGUGGCUGGGAAUCCACUGGGCCAUUUUAUCAUUGACCCCAAAGCAGGAGAGAUAUAUACUGCCAAGUAUUUGGACAGGGAGGAGGUAUCCAGCUAUUCUCUGCAAGUCCGAGCAACAGACAAUGGACAGACAGCUCUUUCCAGUGACACCGCUGUACUCAUUCGUGUAUCUGAUGUCAAUGAUAAUCCACCAAGGUUCUUUCAGCUCAAUUACAGUGUGGCAGUUCAGGAGAACUCUCCAGUUGGCACCAGUGUCCUAGAGCUGAUCAUGAGCGACAGGGACUCACCAAGGAAUGGACCACCAUAUUCUUUCCAGAUCACUGAAGGAAAUGAAGGAAAGGCAUUUCAGAUCAACCAGGAUGGUGUGCUGGUGACCUCGAUCAUCCUGAACAGAAGAACAAAAGAACAAUACCUUCUCCAAGUCCAGGUCACAGAUAGUGGUAUCCCUCCUCUGUCUUCAUCUUCAUUUGUAAGCAUCCAGGUGACACAGCAAAGCAGAUACCCUCCUUCUGUACUUCCACUGGAGAUUCUAAUCACAACUAAUGAAAGAGCUUUCCGAGGAGGUGUUCUUGGGAAAAUUCAUGCUACAGACCGAGACCCCCAUGACACUUUGCAAUACACCUUGGCAUCAGAAGCACCAGAAAAGAGACACUUCUCAGUGGGAGCUACAGAUGGGAAGAUCAUUGCUGGUGAUGGACUCCCACAUGGCCACUACACUCUGAAUGUAACUGUCAGUGAUGGGACAUUUGGAGCUACAACUAAUGUCCAUAUCCACGUGUGGUCCUUCAGCCAGGAGGCUUUGGAUAAGGCUGUGGUGCUACAUUUCCACCAUCUUACCCCUGAGGAAUUCAUUGGGGAUCAUUGGCGCAACCUCCAAAGGUUUCUGGGAAGCAUCCUAGAUACCCAGCGGCAUAACAUUCACAUGGCUAGUUUGCAACCGUCUGCUGCUUCUGAUGGGGUGGACCUUCUGCUAGCAAUUGGAGAACCUCGCCAUGCAUUCUAUAAGCCCAAUUACAUUGUGGGCAGGAUUUCUCAGUCAACCGAAGAGAUGGAUCAGCGAGUAGGGCUGCAGGUGAAGAAGGUGACUCAUGUCCCAUGUCAAGAGGCAGACUGUACCACUCAGCGUGCUUGCAGAGAGACAAUUCAGCUUGACCCAGGCAUGGUGUUCACCUACAGUACUGCUCGACUCAGUGUUCUUACUCCUCGGCAUAAUUUGGAACAGAUAUGUUCGUGCAAUGAGGAUAAGUGCAUGAAUAAGUUGUUUGAACAGAUUGUGAAACUGACGUGCCUGAAUAAACAUGACCUUCACACUUUGGGCCAGAAUAAUGUGAUGUGGCUCGUUAAUGGAGUUCCUCACCUCGGGUACAGAUGUCGGAGUGGUUUCAUUGGGAACCUUUCAUCCAAUCACUUUGUGAGUGACAGAGCCUGGCACUCAGUCCUUCUGGAAGUAAGAAGAUAUUCCACCCACUUGCUUGUUGAUGGCUUGGGAAAUGCCUCUCUGCAGCUGCCAGAGGCCUGCGGUGUUUCUCAUUCUAGAAGAGAUCUGCUCAUUGGGGGACUUGUGCAACAUCACCAGACCCAGAGGGUCACACAUGGGUUUAGAGGUUGCCUGGAUGCCAUUAAAGUGGAUGGAAGAGACCUAGUGGUUCUGCCAAAGGAGAAGAGGCCCAGAGGGGUCGUCGAAGAGGCAGGCAUUAGGCAGUGCUGCCCUCACACAGGCGUCUGUAGCAGCAACCCUUGCCUUAAUGAUGGGUUGUGCACAGAGAUGCAAAAUGGUGGUUAUUCCUGCAUCUGCCCCAUCCAGUUUUCUGGUGAUCACUGUGAAGUGGCUGACAGCCUUUGUGAAAGCAAACCCUGUUUACAUGGAGGGACGUGCACCUUCUCCAAGAAAGGAGGCUACACUUGCCAUUGCCCAGAGCGAUACUGGGGAGAAAGAUGUGAAAAAGUUGCUGAGAAGUGCUUAGAAAACCCAUGCUUGAAUUCUGGCCGUUGUGUGAAAUCUGAUGGGUCCGUUCACUGCAUAUGCACAGGCGACUUCCAGGGGGCAUUCUGUAUGCAUAAAAUUUUGACUCCCAAUAUUAGUCCAUCUAACUGGAUCUUUGCACCAGGGGAUAUUGCAAAAAUUUCUGCUGGGGUGAUUGGUGUAAUCACCUUGGUGGCCGUGUGUAUAGCGAUCUGCAUAGUGUACCGUCACAAAGCUAAGGCUCACAAACCGGUGGCCAAAGAAGACCCAGACCUACUCUCCAAAAGUGAAUUCUCCAAAAGCGUUGGGGUUGGCACUCAAGGUCUUCCUCCCAUUGAACUCAACAUCCUUGGGAACGUUCCCCACAAUCAUCUCAAUGUAGUAGACCCAGGCAAGCCUACUGGUGCUUCAGAGUUUGUUAUUUUCAACACAAGCAAUGUUCAGAAACAGCGGGGUGCCAUUGUGUGCAGUGUGGCUCCCAAUCUCCCCACUGCUGUGCCCACAUCUAAUUUGGACAAUGGAUCUAUCAUCAAGAGCAACUGGACUGGAGAAAAGAUGGUGUACCCAGCAGAGACAACUUACUGGCCACCAAGGUACCAGCCAACAGAUAUGCAGGACUACCAUCAGUAUGAAGUCAUUGAAGGCUCUCUUCCACCUUCUCCACACCGUGAGGCUCCUCCAUCCUUGGAUUCGGAUCCAGCUGGCCUUUAUGGGGGCUUUCCUUUCCCCCUUGACCAGAGUAACAAGCGGGCCCCUAUCCCGCCCCGUUAUAGCAACCAGAAUCUGGAAGACUUCUUGCCCCCUGGUUCUGCUGACCUGUCUGAUUCCCAGUGUCAGAAUGAAUACACUGCUAUUAGCUAUUACCCUUCCCAGCUGGUAGAAAAUGAGAGUCCACCAUUCCAUCCAGACAGUGGGUAUAAGAAAGUAAGUAUGCGGCUUAGUGUGGCCCAGCCCUCUUAUGCAGACUGCGAGGUGAGGCCUACCUCCAACGUCAGAACUCAGCCAGUACUGCCUCCUAAUUACGAGGGCUCUGACAUGGUGGAGAGUGACUACGGGAGCUGUGAAGAGGUGAUGUUUUAAUAGAACUCUUGCUUGAAAUCAGAAGCUACGGUCCAUACCAAAUUUGAAUUGCAUGAAGUGAAAGGAGGGGCAACUUUGAACAUCCCUUUCUUUGAGUCUGUAGCUUCCUGUUGUAUUCUUAACAGCUGGCAUCUCUGCACACACUGUUACUGGAAACUAGCACUGGUGCUUCUACUUUUGUGUUGGAUUAGGUUCCAGAUGGAUCUUCUUGCUGCUCUCAGUUGGACUGCUCCAAGAAAGCACAGAGAGGACCCUUCAGGAAAUGUAAAAGAACUUUCAUUGACUGCUGUCUAAUGGCAGCUUUUUUUUAAAAGCAAAAGUGAUUGUUUUAUAGGCAGAGAGUGCAUUACUAUCUCCCUGUCCUUUGCACAGCCCUAUUAACCAACCAGUACCACACUAAAAGAGGUAGCACUUGUAAACAACAGCAGGCAAUUGUGGUUGUCAGUUGCCAACUCAGUAGCAAUCAUGACUGAAUGGAUUACCGUAUUUGCCAGCGUAUAAGGCGACUGGGCGUACAAGACGACCCCCCCAACA